AUGCACAACAGUUGCUGCCCUUUCACUUCUCCUAUCCUGGAUGAGGUGCUACCCCCUGUUCUCAUCUUGGAGUUCAUCUUUGGGCUGCUAGGGAACGGCCUUGCCCUGUGGAUGUUCGUCUUCCAUACGGACACCUGGAAGCCCAAUUCUAUCUACCUGGCACACCUUGCUGUGGCCGACACCAUAGUGCUUUUCUGCUUGCCCUUCAGGGCUCACUACUACCUGCGGAGGAAAGACUGGAUCUAUGGCGACGUGCUGUGCCGCAUCCUGAUGUUCCUGUUGGCCACCAAUCGAGCUGCUGGUAUUUUCUUUCUCACGGCUGUUGCCGUGGACCGCUACUUUAAGGUCGUUCACCCACUCAACCGGUUCAGCCGCAUGAGCUUGGGAUAUGCCACACUGGUGUGCUGCUGCCUUUGGGUAGUCAUCGUCAGCCUGACCAUCAAUAUACUCUUUUCUUCACACCUCUACGUUCUCGACAACCGGAUGCAGUGCGAGAGCUUCAACAUCUGUAUGGACUACACAGCAGCAAGUGCCUGGCACGACACCCUCUACCUCCUGCAGUUCUCCGUUCCUACUGCGAUCAUUGUGUCCUGCACCGUAUGUAUCACUCUCCAGCUGAAGAACAGGACGGUGGACACCGACGGGAGGAUCACAAGAGCGGUCUACUUUGUGCUUACUGUUGUCCUGGUUUUCAUCGUUUGUUUCCUCCCGAGUACACUCUCCCGCAUGGCCAUAUGGAUCCUAAGGGCUUGGUACAAUGAGUGCUCUCACUUCAAACAGGUCAAUUUUGCUUUCUACACCACUGUGUGUUUGACGUAUUUCAACAGUGUCCUGAACCCGGUGGUGUACUACUUCUCCAGCCCAGCCCUUAGCGGAACCAUCCAGAGGGUUUGGCAUAAACUCCUCUGUAGACCGUUGCAGGAGGAGGAAGAGGAAAGAAACCCACCACCAACCACCACCAGACCUUUCUCAGUGUCUGGGCAAGUCUGAUAUUUGGGGGAAUACAGGCAAACAAAAGGUUAAAAAAAAAGGUCAAAGCUGAAGUAUGGUGACCAUAGAGACAUUAUGUUGAAUAAACAAUUGUUGUUGCACUUCUGAGGCACUAACUAUAUGCACUAAAUGUAUGUAGCCUACAUUACCUCUUAUCUGUCACCCAGCAAAUCUUCUGGAUAAUUUGUUAGAGCACGGUCCUGUUUCAGAGGAAAACAUGGUCAGGUGAAUUUGUGAUAUUGCCGUGAAAGUAAUACAAAUGCCUCAAAUAUGUUCUUUCUGUUCUGCCCAAGCCACUGGUAAAAGAAAUGGCAGAAAUAUUCCCCCCUGGAAAAGUACAAUAAAAGUAAUUAUAGGUCAUUAUAUAGUCAACUCUAAACCACUAACCAGUUGGGAAAUUGUUUUACAUGUCAAAGUCUUUCAGAGUAUAGCCUAAUGCAUGCAUUCUAAUUUGAAUUGUUAUCAGAGGACAACAUCAGAGAUUGAUAGAAAGAAGAGUGUACAAGGCAACAAUGGCAGCAGGAAGAUCCACCAUCAACACCGAAAGUGCCCAUCACCCCGAAGUGCUAAUUAGCAAGGUUAGUUAAUCAGUAGUGCUAUGAGAGGAGAUAUUCUCUGAAGAGGUGGGUCUUCAGGAGUUUUUAUAUCAGUCCAAAAAGGGCUAUCAGCAGGGGCCCCUAAAUAAAGUGAUUGGGAGCCCAAUACCGGUGA